UCCAUUUUCACCUUCUUCUCCUCCUUUCCUCCCUCAUUCCCCUCCAUUUGCUCCUUCCCCUUCUCUCCUCCAUUUUCUCCUUUCCCCUUCUUCCCCUCUUGGCCCGCCCUCUGAUUUUUUUUUCCACCUGUCCUUCCUCUCCCGCUCCUGGGGAGCCACCGUGUUGGAUUAGUUGGGGGCCACCACUGGCGGCGGGGGAGGGGGCCCAGCGGAUUGCCCUCUCCCCCCUGCCCCAGCCACCCCGCCACCCAGCAACAGAGCGUCUCUGCUGUCGUCCGGGCCUUGAGGGAGCCCAGCCCUCCGUCCCACCAGGAUCCGUGGCGUGUGGGGGCCGCGGCAGCUGCGUCCCCAUGAGGAGGGGAGGAAGAUGCCGGCUGAGCUGCUGCUGCUUCUGAUUGUCGCCUUCGCUAGCCCCAGCUGCCAGGUGCUCUCAUCACUGCGCAUGGCUGCAAUCCUGGAUGACCAGACAGUGUGUGGCCGCGGCGAGCGUCUAGCCCUGGCCCUGGCCCGGGAGCAGAUCAAUGGGAUCAUCGAGGUCCCAGCCAAGGCCCGAGUGGAAGUAGACAUCUUUGAGCUGCAGCGGGACAGCCAGUACGAGACCACGGACACCAUGUGUCAGAUCCUGCCAAAGGGGGUUGUAUCUGUUCUGGGGCCCUCCUCCAGCCCAGCAUCUGCCUCCACCGUGAGCCAUAUCUGUGGGGAGAAGGAGAUUCCCCACAUCAAGGUGGGUCCUGAGGAGACACCCCGCCUUCAGUACCUUCGCUUUGCAUCUGUCAGCCUAUACCCCAGUAACGAGGACGUCAGCCUGGCAGUUUCCCGAAUCCUCAAGUCCUUCAACUAUCCCUCGGCCAGUCUGAUCUGCGCCAAGGCUGAAUGCCUACUGCGAUUGGAGGAACUGGUGCGUGGUUUCCUUAUCUCCAAGGAAACACUGUCAGUGAGAAUGCUGGACGACAGCCGAGACCCCACACCACUGCUCAAGGAGAUCCGAGAUGACAAAGUGUCCACCAUCAUCAUCGAUGCCAACGCAUCCAUCUCCCACCUUGUCCUCCGAAAGGCCUCGGAGCUGGGAAUGACCUCAGCAUUUUACAAGUAUAUCCUCACCACCAUGGACUUCCCCAUCCUGCAUCUGGAUGGUAUCGUGGAGGACUCUUCCAACAUCCUGGGCUUCUCCAUGUUUAACACUUCCCACCCCUUCUACCCUGAGUUUGUGCGCAGCCUCAACAUGUCCUGGAGGGAGAACUGUGAAGCCAGCACCUACCCGGGCCCCGCGCUCUCGGCUGCCCUGAUGUUUGACGCCGUGCACGUGGUAGUGAGCGCUGUCCGAGAGCUGAAUCGCAGCCAGGAGAUCGGUGUCAAGCCGCUGGCCUGUACUUCGGCCAACAUUUGGCCCCACGGGACCAGCCUCAUGAACUACCUGCGCAUGGUAGAGUAUGAUGGGCUGACUGGACGGGUCGAAUUCAACAGCAAAGGGCAGAGGACCAACUACACUCUACGGAUCCUGGAGAAAUCCCGGCAGGGCCACCGUGAGAUAGGGGUAUGGUACUCUAACCGGACCCUAGCCAUGAAUGCCACCACCCUGGACAUCAACCUGUCACAGACGCUGGCCAACAAGACAUUGGUAGUCACAACCAUCCUGGAGAAUCCCUACGUCAUGCGCCGGCCCAACUUCCAGGCCCUGUCAGGGAAUGAACGCUUCGAGGGCUUCUGCGUGGACAUGCUGCGGGAGCUGGCCGAGCUGCUCCGCUUCCGCUACCGCCUGCGGCUGGUGGAGGAUGGGCUCUAUGGGGCUCCCGAGCCCAAUGGCUCCUGGACAGGCAUGGUUGGCGAGCUCAUCAACCGGAAGGCAGACCUGGCUGUGGCAGCUUUCACCAUCACAGCCGAGCGUGAGAAGGUCAUCGACUUCUCCAAGCCCUUCAUGACCCUGGGUAUCAGCAUCCUCUACCGCGUGCACAUGGGCCGCAAGCCUGGCUACUUUUCUUUCCUGGAUCCCUUCUCUCCUGCUGUGUGGCUCUUCAUGCUUCUUGCCUACCUGGCCGUCAGCUGUGUCCUGUUCCUGGCCGCCAGGCUGAGUCCCUAUGAGUGGUAUAACCCGCACCCAUGCCUGCGUGCUCGUCCCCACCUCCUGGAGAACCAGUACACGCUGGGCAACAGCCUGUGGUUCCCCGUGGGGGGCUUCAUGCAGCAAGGCUCCGAGAUCAUGCCCCGCGCGCUGUCCACGCGCUGUGUCAGUGGAGUGUGGUGGGCCUUCACCUUGAUCAUCAUCUCAUCCUACACGGCCAACCUGGCUGCCUUCCUCACGGUGCAGCGGAUGGAGGUGCCUGUGGAGUCAGCUGAUGACCUGGCGGACCAGACCAACAUCGAGUACGGCACCAUCCACGCCGGCUCCACCAUGACCUUCUUCCAGAACUCACGGUACCAGACGUACCAGCGCAUGUGGAACUACAUGCAGUCAAAGCAGCCCAGUGUGUUCGUCAAGAGCACGGAAGAGGGCAUCGCCCGCGUCCUCAACUCCCGCUAUGCCUUCCUGCUCGAGUCCACCAUGAACGAGUACCACCGGCGCCUCAACUGCAACCUCACCCAGAUCGGGGGCCUCCUCGACACCAAGGGCUACGGCAUCGGCAUGCCGCUGGGCUCCCCGUUCCGGGAUGAGAUCACGCUGGCCAUCCUGCAGCUCCAGGAGAACAACCGGCUGGAGAUCCUGAAGCGCAAGUGGUGGGAGGGAGGCCGGUGCCCCAAGGAGGAGGACCACCGCGCUAAAGGCUUGGGCAUGGAAAAUAUAGGUGGCAUUUUUGUUGUGCUCAUCUGUGGCCUGAUCAUCGCGGUCUUCGUGGCCGUCAUGGAAUUCAUCUGGUCCACGCGGAGGUCAGCAGAGUCUGAGGAGGUGUCCGUGUGCCAGGAGAUGCUGCAGGAGCUGCGCCACGCCGUGUCCUGUCGCAAGACCUCGCGUUCCCGCCGGCGACGAGACCCUGAGACAGAUGGGGAGAUGCGGGGAUGA